AUUACUACCGGAUUCAUUUGCCUUGUGCUAUGUUAUCUUUACAAUAUUUUAGCAGCGUUUGUUGUCUGUUACCCGGCGAGGCUAGUCGGGGUUUUAGUUUUCUUUUUUCUUUUUUUUUUUCGAUUGUUAUUAUUUUGGCAAUAAAUCCCGACGGAGUUUAAGUUUGACAGCCCCAGUUGAAGUGUGGGAGCGUCACUUUUGGGAAGUCUGUAAAAAUAAAACUGGUAUUUUCCAUGAUUCCGACGUGACAUGGAUCGCGACUAUUGCCUCGCGCUGCAGCUUCAGGAGCAGUUCGACAAUGAAGCGAACGACGUGGAUCUGGACGGCGACGCCGGUGGCGGAGGGCCGACGGUCCCCUGGAAGCCCGAGAAACCGCUGUCCAUCGUGGACGCGUCGUGGGAGACCCUGGACCCCACGCCCGACCUGCGCGCGAUGUUCCUGGAGUUCAACGACAGGUUCUUCUGGGGCAAACUCAGCGGGGUGGAGGUCAAGUGGAGCCACAGGAUGACCCUGUGCGCGGGCCUGUGUUCCUACGAGGGUCGCGGCGGACUCUGCUCGAUCCGGCUCAGCGAACCUCUGCUCAAGCUCAGACCCCGGAAAGACUUUGUGGAGACCCUGCUGCACGAGAUGAUCCACGCGCUGCUGUUCGUGACGCAGAACAACCGAGACCGCGACGGCCACGGGCCCGAGUUCGUCAAGCACAUGAACCGCAUCAACAAGGAGAGCGGCACCAGCAUCACCGUGUACCACAACUUCAACGACGAGGUGGACGUGUACCGCCAGCACUGGUGGCGCUGCGACGGGCCCUGCCGGACGCGCGGGCCUUACUUCGGCUUCGUCAAGAGGUCCAUGAAUCGGGCGCCCUCGGCGCUGGACCCCUGGUGGGAGGACCACCGGCGGACGUGCGGGGGCAACUACACCAAAGUGAAGGAGCCCGAGGGCUACGGCAAGAAGGGGGGCAAAAAAGGCGCAAACGUGUCCCCCAUUGGAAAACCUGCGAUUUCAGGAACGCGGCAGGACGUGAAAGCGUUCAGCGGCCGAGGCUUCGUCCUGGGCGGGAAGCCCCCCUCCGCGUCCGACUCCCCCGGCCCCUCCUCCAAGUCUUCCGGCAGACCCGACACGCCUUUUCCUCCGGCUCGAGCCGGUCCCGCGGUCGUGCCCGCGGCGCCGCAGAAACGCAAGAUCACCAAGACGUCCGUCGCUAACACCAAAGCGUUUGUCAACGUCAAUGGAUCGCCGGUCAAGAUCUCCGAGUUUCACGGCCGUCGCGGGGACGAUGACGCCGUCGGCGGUCCCGGUAGGAUUCAAAGCCCCGGUGGCACCAAACACGUUGGCAGUCGUGGCAGUGACAGCGUCGGUGGCGGGCGUGGCGCCGGCAAGGGUGAAGAUCCGCAUAGACUGAAGCAGACGUCCAUUGGUGCUUUCUUCAACAACACGUCAGCGAUGUCAUCCAUCGCAGAGUCGCCAACCAGAACUUUAACUUCAGUCACUCCACCCGCACCUAUGAAUCACCCCAACGACGAUACGUCGAGCUCAUCGGCGUCGCCGGUCGAGCGUCCGGGCGGUGCGUCCGCUGCCACGCCAACGCGGAAAAAGAAGAGACCUCCGGGCGAGUCGGCCGACGUCUUCGAGCUUUUCAGCAAGAAGCUGAAGACGGAUCCGGAAGAAGCCGAGGAAUCGGCGGCGAGUCGUAGCUACGCCGCGUCGUCGCCUUCCGCGGUGCUGAUGGUCCGGUGUCCCGCGUGCCAGGCCCGGGUGCCGGAGUCCAACAUCAACGAGCACCUGGACUCCUGCCUCUGCUGAACCGGCAGAACCGCCCGAGGUGGGGAUUAUUCCAAAUUUAUGAAUUGCCGUGUUUGUCGUUUCCGCACUGCGUCACACUGACGGCUGUUCCUUUUAUUUUGACACUUGUAAAACUUAGGAAAAGAAUUCAGAAUUCAAGUCGAGGUCUUUAUCCUCACAAGUGGAUUUUUAAUAAGCAUACAUGGCACCGUUAUCUACAGUCCAGACCAAAAUUACUUAAUAGUGGUGCGGUGUCCAUUAUUAGUGGUAUAAAAAAAAAUGCUCAUUUUAAUAUUGCAGAAUAUUAUCCAUAAAUAAGCCAUGCAUGAUUGUGUGUGUGUCGGGGGGGGGGGUUAUUAAAAUACUGACAAUAUAAUUAUCUGUAUACAGAAGUAUCAAGAACAGAAACAGCUCAGACACUCUGUGUG